GUAGGCUAAUAAAAUACCCUAAACGACAAUCAUCAAUUCAUCACCCUCCUAACUUUAGAGACCAGCAUUUUCGGCCGAAUUGCAUCAAAAAACCCUAAUACGGAAUUCGAGGUACGAAUUGAUCUUCAAACCUCGUUUUAGGUUUUUUUUUCUCCUUGGAUGAAUCUACUUUUGUUAGACGAUCUUUUGUUGCGAUUUUUCAGCCCACAUCAUGAGGAGGUAUAGCCCUGGUUAUUACAGUCCUCCAAGAAGGGGGUAUAGUAGUCGAGGAAGAAGCCCUCCAAGAGGAGGAUAUAGCCCCCCGAGACGGGGUUAUAGUCCUCCGAGAAGAGCAUAUGGUGGCUAUGGACGACGCAAGGAGCCAAACCAUGGAAGCUUGUUGGUCCGAAACAUCCCUCUCGACUGCAGACCUGAAGAACUUCGAGUUCCUUUUGAAAGGUUUGGGCUUGUCCGUGAUGUCUAUAUCCCGAAGGAUUAUUACACAGGGGAACCUCGUGGCUUUGCCUUUGUGCAGUUUGUGGACUCUUAUGAUGCUUCGGAGGCUCAGUAUCACAUGAACGGUCAGAUUUUUGCUGGGCGAGAGAUAAGUGUAGUUGUUGCCUCAGAGUCCAGAAAAAGGCCUGAGGAUAUGCGCCGGAAGACCAGGCAAAGAAGUGGUGGUCCGAGAUAUGGUGGACGAAGAUCGCCUGGUCACAGACGUUCUCGUUCACGUUCAGUUUCCCGCUCGCCUCAUUAUCGUUCUGGUUCUAGAGGAGGUCAUCGCUCUAGGUCCAUUUCGGCCUCGCCUAGAAGACGUGCUGAGUACUCGGCUUCUCCCAGUAGAAGACCUGUUGAUCGCCCAAGAUCCCCAAGGGAUUCUCCUCGCGCUGAUGGUCGUAGGUCAUAUUCCCCUGAUCCUGAGGAUCGAAAUGAAACUGCGAAUGGGAAAGCCAAAUAUGAAGCUGAGGAAGAACAAGGUCUCAGAGCUUCUCCAAGGCGUGUUUCAAGAUCACCAUCUGGCUCAAGAUCUCGAUCCGUAGAUGCAUCUCCAGCACGAAGCGGAUAAGCAGUGGGAUGAUAGUCUUGAGACGCUGCUUGAUCUUGGUGGAUGAUCUCCAGGAUAGUUUAUAAACUGCUUGUUCUAUUAGUUUAAAUGUCUCAUGUGACCAGGAUAUGUGAUAAUGAGGGACGCAUUCUGAUGUUUUCGUAUGUGAAGUUAGUACUUAUUUUCUUUCUA